GAGCGAGGCGGGCGCCGGCGAAGGCAGCAGCCGAGGCAGGGCGCCGGUCGUGGGCCGCGGCGGCGGAGCAGCAGCAGCAGCAGCAGCAGCAGCAGCAGAGGCGGCGGCCGCCACCCCCCGCGCCCCGCUCGGCGGCAGGAGCCGCGCCCGCAGGCCGCCCAUGCUGCACCUUCCGGAGCUGCAGGAGAGGCCGGCCGAGGACUGCGGAGAAGGGGACUUCCUCGGCGGCGGCGGCGGCGGCGCCAGGAUGGACUUCCCCGCGGCCCCGCCGAAGCCGCCUCCUGCCGACGGCAAGAUCAUCUUCUACCCGCCGGGAGUCAAGGAGAUCACGGACAAAAUCUCCAACGACGAGGUGGUCAAGCGCCUGAAGAUGGUAGUGAAAACAUUUAUGGACAUGGACCAGGAUUCAGAAGAUGAAAAACAACAGUAUCUCCCAUUAGCCUUGCACCUUGCAUCCGAAUUCUUCCUCAGGAAUCCCAACAAAGAUGUCCGUCUCCUUGUCGCAUGCUGCUUGGCUGAUAUCUUUCGAAUUUAUGCCCCAGAAGCACCGUAUACUUCCCAUGACAAACUCAAGGAUAUAUUCUUGUUUAUUACAAGACAAUUAAAAGGAUUAGAGGACACUAAAAGCCCCCAAUUUAACAGAUACUUUUACUUACUAGAGAACUUAGCUUGGGUUAAAUCUUAUAACAUCUGCUUUGAGUUGGAAGAUUGCAAUGAAAUUUUUAUUCAGCUUUUUAGGACUCUCUUUUCAGUUAUCAACAAUAGCCACAACCAGAAAGUACAAAUGCACAUGCUAGAUUUGAUGAGUUCUAUCAUCAUGGAAGGCGAUGGAGUGACUCAAGAACUGUUGGAUUCAAUUCUUAUCAACCUCAUCCCUGCACACAAGAACCUUAAUAAACAGGCAUUCGAUCUUGCAAAAGUCCUGUUGAAAAGAACAGUCCAGACCAUUGAGCCAUGUAUUGCCAAUUUUUUUAACCAGGUUCUGGUACUAGGAAAGUCUUCUGUAAGUGACUUGUCAGAGCAUGUGUUUGAUCUAAUACAGGAGCUUUUUGCUAUUGAUCCUAAUUUAUUAUUAUCCGUCAUGCCACAGCUUGAGUUCAAACUAAAGAGCAAUGAUGGAGAAGAACGUUUAGCUGUUGUUCGGCUUUUAGCUAAACUGUUUGGUUCUAAAGAUUCUGACCUCGCAACACAGAACCGUCCUCUCUGGCAGUGCUUUCUUGGCCGAUUUAAUGAUAUCCAUGUCCCCGUGAGAUUAGAAAGCGUGAAAUUUGCAAGUCAUUGUUUAAUGAACCACCCAGAUUUAGCCAAAGAUCUCACUGAAUACUUAAAAGUUAGAUCACAUGAUCCAGAAGAAGCCAUUCGACAUGAUGUCAUUGUUACAAUAAUAACUGCUGGCAAGAGGGACCUUUCUUUAGUCAAUGAUCAGCUACUCGGCUUUGUGAGAGAGAGAACACUGGACAAAAGGUGGCGCGUCAGAAAAGAAGCCAUGAUGGGGCUUGCUCAGCUGUACAAGAAAUACUGUCUUCAUGCGGAAGCUGGGAAGGAUGCAGCGGAGAAAGUGAGCUGGAUAAAGGACAAACUUUUGCACAUAUAUUAUCAGAACAGCAUCGACGACAAGUUAUUAGUGGAGAAAAUUUUUGCUCAGUAUCUUGUUCCCCAUAAUUUGGAAACAGAAGAAAGGAUGAAAUGCUUAUAUUAUUUGUAUGCUAGCUUGGACCCAAAUGCCGUUAAGGCACUUAACGAGAUGUGGAAGUGCCAGAACAUGCUGAGGAGCCACGUGCGGGAGUUACUGGAUUUGCACAAGCAGCCCUCUUCAGAGACCAACAGUGGCGCCAUGUUUGGGAAGCUGAUGACCAUAGCAAAAAACCUUCCCGAUCCAGGGAAAGCGCAGGACUUCGUGAAGAAAUUCAAUCAAGUGCUCGGCGAUGAUGAGAAGCUUCGUUCUCAGCUUGAACUUCUCAUUAGCCCUACGUGUUCCUGUAAGCAGGCGGAUGUCUGUGUGAGGGAGAUUGCACGAAAACUUGCAAACCCUAAGCAGCCAACCAAUCCUUUCCUGGAGAUGGUUAAAUUUCUUUUGGAAAGAAUUGCCCCUGUACACAUCGACUCAGAAGCCAUCAGUGCAUUAGUCAAGUUGAUGAAUAAGUCCAUAGAAGGCACAGCUGAUGACGAAGAGGAGGGCGUGAGCCCUGAUACGGCUAUUCGUUCUGGGCUUGAACUUCUCAAGGUUCUGUCUUUCACGCAUCCUACUUCGUUCCACUCCGCGGAGACAUACGAAUCACUCCUGCAGUGCCUGAGGAUGGAAGAUGAUAAGGUAGCCGAGGCAGCCAUUCAAAUAUUCAGAAACACGGGUCACAAAAUAGAAACAGAUCUGCCACAGAUAAGAUCAACCCUAAUCCCUAUUUUGCAUCAGAAAGCAAAGAGAGGAACACCUCAUCAAGCAAAACAAGCUGUUCACUGUAUACAUGCCAUAUUUUCAAAUAAAGAAGUGCAGCUUGCCCAGAUCUUUGAGCCUCUGAGUAGAAGUUUGAAUGCUGAUGUUCCUGAGCAACUUAUAACUCCACUAGUUUCUUUGGGUCACAUCUCCAUGUUAGCACCAGACCAGUUCGCAUCACCAAUGAAAUCUGUAGUUGCAAAUUUCAUCGUAAAAGAUCUCCUGAUGAAUGACAGGUCUACAGGUGAGAAAAAUGGAAAAUUGUGGUCCCCGGAUGAAGAGGUUUCUCCAGAGGUUCUAGCAAAGGUACAAGCAAUUAAACUUCUGGUACGCUGGCUGUUGGGUAUGAAAAAUAAUCAGUCAAAAUCUGCAAAUUCAACACUCCGGUUAUUAUCAGCUAUGUUAGUCAGUGAGGGAGACUUGACAGAACAGAAGAGAAUCAGCAAAUCUGAUAUGUCCCGUCUACGAUUGGCUGCAGGCAGUGCCAUAAUGAAGCUUGCGCAGGAGCCCUGUUACCAUGAAAUUAUAACUCCAGAGCAGUUCCAGCUCUGUGCCCUGGUCAUUAAUGAUGAAUGUUACCAGGUGAGGCAGAUAUUUGCUCAGAAGCUACAUAAAGCCCUGGUGAAGUUACUCCUCCCACUGGAGUACAUGGCAAUAUUUGCAUUGUGUGCCAAAGACCCUGUAAAGGAAAGGAGAGCACAUGCGAGACAGUGCUUGCUAAAAAAUAUAAGUAUACGGCGAGAGUACGUUAAACAGAACCCUAUGGCCAGCGAAAAGCUUUUAUCUCUGCUGCCUGAAUAUGUGGUACCAUAUAUGAUUCACUUGCUGGCUCAUGAUCCAGACUUCACAAAACCUCAAGAUGUUGAUCAGCUUCGUGAUAUCAAAGAGUGCCUGUGGUUCAUGCUGGAAGUCUUAAUGACAAAGAAUGAGAACAACAGCCAUGCCUUCAUGAAAAAGAUGACUGAGAGCAUCAAACUCACACGGGAUGCACAGUCUCCGGAUGAGCCAAAGGCCAACGAAAAACUCUACACUGUGUGUGACGUGGCCCUGUGUGUAAUCAACAGCAAAAGUGCUUUAUGUAACGCAGAUUCUCCAAAGGAUCCUGUAUUGCCCACCAAAUUUUUUACUCAACCUGAGAAGGAUUUUUGCAAUGACAGGAACUAUAUUUCAGAGGAGACAAGAGUUCUUCUUUUAACAGGAAAGCCCAAGCCAACUGGUGUGUUGGGUGCAGUAAAUAAGCCUCUCUCUGCAACUGGAAGAAGACCAUACAUUAGAAGUACAGGAUCAGAAACUGGAAGCAAUAAUAAUGUAAACUCAGAGCUGAGCUCUCCUGCAGGAAACCGAUCAAGAGAGCAGAGCUCAGAUAUAUCAGAAACUGGCGUCAGUGAAAAUGAUGAAAACCCAGUGAGAAUUAUUUCUGUAACUCCAGCAAAAAUAGAACCUGUUAAGAACAAGGAGAUGAAUUCUGAUCAGGUGACACAAGGGAACGUUAGCGCGGAGCGAGGGAAAAAAAGAACCACAGCAGCGGCUGGAGCAGAGAAUAUUCACCAAAAGACAGAAGAAAAGAAAACGGACGAGACGGGGCAGCCAGCCCCUCCCAAGCCCAGGAGAGGGCGUCCUCCCAAGUCUGAAUCUCAGGGCACCACCGCAAAAAAUGCGGAAGCCAGUAAACCAUCUGGCAGGGGACGGAAGAGGGCAUCGCCAAGUCAAGAAAGUCCAGGGGGGUUGGAGGCAAGUAAUGCCAAAGCACCAAAACAGCAAGACGUAGCAAAAAAAGCAGUACCAGCACAAAGACAGAUUGAUCUACAAAGAGGCCAGGUGCUGGGGAGUGACGGAGAUUCAGUGUUGGAGAUAGAAUCAAGUCCUGCAUAUUCUCCCUGUGAAAUGGAUCUUUUUAGACUUUGUGAGAGCAGCCAGGAAGACACUGAUGAUACAGAUCUAACAGAGGGAGGCUUCCUGAAGGUAAAAAGAAAACUUGCUCAGAAGGGAAGAGAAAGAGGCAUGCCCCAAGCUCCUGCAAAAACCAAGAAAAUUCCUAUAUAGGAACUGAAAAUAUUUCAGCACUCAGCUUUCAGCUCUGAAGACAAGGAAAACUGCUUCCCUUUCAGAUGAAAAUAAUCUGCAGAAACUCUUGAGAGAGGCUAAAAGCAUCUGUACUUAUUUCCCCAGAGACUUUUUUUAUGAAAAGUCAAUAAUUAAGCAAAUUGCUUAACACUUGAUUCCAGUUCUUGCAUAUCUGGAGUUUAAAAGUGUUUUACUCCAUUAAUUUCCAUGCUGCAUUUUUUAAAAGAAAGUCAAAGGGAGGUCCUUACAGCAACAUUAAAAAUGCUCAGACACAAAACUAGAUAUUUCCCCUCUUUUUAUAAGGAGAAAGUAGAAGCAUACUGAACGAGUUCUAAACCAAGACCGGAAGAAGAUACCUGAAUUCUUGUUUGCUUUACUUUUGGACACUCUUAUGUAUAAAUUCUUUCUGCCUGCCUCCUUUCCAGCAAAGACCAGGUGUACAGAUUUUGGCUCCUGCUUUGAAAAGUCACAUCGUGGCAGUUUUUAUACGUGUUGCUUUCUGACUUUUUUCGGAGUGGGAGACUAAUCACUUGAUGAUUGAUUUGCAAGUAGACAUUUCAUUUUUUAGUUUCCCCCUCUGUUUUAGUUUAAUAUAAUUUGCAAUAAAUGUACAUAUUGUUCUUUGUUUUUUUAAAACACAUGUAUCACUUCUAAGUGGGUUUACUCCUGUGUUCUGUUGGAAUAUUCUGAAUUUUAAUGGAGUAAAGACAGCCUGGCGUUUGAUUUUAUAAUGUUCAUCAUCAGAUUUUUAUUAUUGAUGUAAAAAAUCAAUUUUUAAAAAUAGUUGGACUUUGGCUGCUUUGUAAGGAACGUUUGGAAAUGUUUAGGAUUGCUCUCAAUUUUAAGCAUUGUGCUGAUGGAAAGUAGGUCUGUUUCACGUUUCUGUCUUCCUGUCUCAGCUCAUUUUUUAAUGGUUCAUUUAGACUGUUGCAUCAAUAUUAAUUUUCCUGGCAUUGUUUGAUAUACCGUGUACACUUUUAUGUACACAUGAUCAUAUUUAAGUUUAUUGCAUAAAAUAAAUGCUUCUAGGUGUCACAA